UUUCAUAUCCUAUAGCUCUCUUAUUGGUCUAUUUGGCUCAUGCUUGACUUUUAAGAAUUUAUAGAUGUGAAUUCUAGAUGACUUGAAAAUUAUACCAAAAACCCUAUUGUUUUGGUGAUAAUAUGCUUGGGUUCCGAAAACAGAUUGGCUAACCUUGCCAUUCAUUUCCUAUAGGUCCAUUAUGUCCAUUGGAAAUUCUAUUAAUUUAGUCUUACUGAAUGCAAUUUAAGUUUUUCUUUAAAAAAAAAGAUUGGGAAUUUGGGAGAGGAGGUUUCCUUAUUGUUAGGUUAGGAAGCUUCAUUAGUUGUCCUGGGUUUGUAGAUAUUUAGUUGUUAGUAGAAUCCCUCCCAUGCAACAAAUGCCAUUGUAGCACUUGGCAAAUUGGCACGAAAAUUACUUUUAGGCUAUAUCAGUAAGUCAGCUUGCUCUCAUAGUCUGGUCUAAUCUAUUAGAUUUGUCAUUUCCUUUAUCAAGCAUGGAAUGAAUGAACUAGGUAAUUUGUUUCAUCAUUUUUGCAGCCAAAGAGUAAGUAAUUUUUUAUUCAUUUUGUGAACAAUUUUGGGGAAGGCUUUUUUUUUUUCUUUUCUUUUUGGUUAUCUUCCAAAGGUGAAUCUCAUCAGUUUACUAUUUAAUCCAUCGGCUGGGUAGCCAUGAAGAGGAGAAAUUAAGCUCAAGGUCAAUAGCCCUGGAUGGUUAUUUUAGCACACAACCUACCGUUCAAGGAAUGAUUCAACUUAAUUUAAUGGCACCACGUAAUAUAAUUAUUAUGGGAAUCAACAGACUAUUCAGGGCUUGGGUUUUGCAUUCAUAAGGGUAGUUGAACACCAUAGCAACGAGCCAUGAUGGUUACUAUGGCACUUAGCAAACCAUGCCUGGGAUGGUUGCAGGGGAAAUAACUUACAAUAGUUAUGGACUGGACAAGUUUAAUCAUCACAAAACCUCAGCUUACGUUAGCCAAUUUGAUCUGCAUACUCCUAAAAAGACAGUGAGGGAAACACUUGAUUUUUCUGCACGCUUUCAAGGUAUAGGAAGUAGAACUGAAAUAAUGAAGGAAGUCAGCAAAAAAGAGAAGCAGGCAGGGAUAGUUCCAAAUCUUGAUGUAGAUACAUACAUGAAGGUCCUUGCUUGGUCCUUGAAGGGUGAGUCAUCAAGUGAUGAAACCUCUAAAAGUAAGCAGGCUGUAGACAAGCAAGUGGAAGGGUCCAACCAAGCCAAAGAGAAAGGGGAAAGUGAGGUUGAGGAAAAGGUCAUCUUAAAUGGUGUUGCAUAUGAACUUGUCCCUUUUUAUACCUAUUAUGACCUAGGUAUAACCUCAAAAGAUGUGAUGCAAAGAUCAAAGGGCAAAAGCAAUCCCUAAGAUGUGCCUGAAGUAUCAUUCUCAUGCUUUAAAGGUUAAAUUUGAUCUUUUUAAAAAAGGAUACAAUAUAAUAACAAACCAUCGAUGAUCGAGUUAUUAUUGUUUUGGACACCAACAAGAUUUGGGUGUAUUAGACGUCUAUAAUGGUUGGUCUGAGGUUUCUUUUACAUAUUUUUAAUGUUGAAAUUUUUCUUUUUUAUGAUUUGACUAUCACUCAAUUCAUCUCAAAUUUUUUUUGGUAUAUUAUAGGAUUCAUUAUUCUUUGUAAAAAACUAGGAUUAGAUAUUACAGUUCCCUUAUUUAAGGAAUUUUUUGUAGUCAAGAAGUAUCCUCAUGAUAAGAGCUAGUUUUAUGUCAUAGCUUGGCUUGCAAAAAAAUUUUUACAAAUUGGUCGAGCUCAAUAAAGAGUUGAAAGUUGCUCUUCCUUUGCAUUCAGAAGGAUAAUAAUGGGGUAUGGGAGGUGAAUAAGGACCGGGCACAUUUGAAGAUGUCUAGGUUGAUCUUUAUAAGAUUAGUGAGUUAGAAGCUCGGGACAAAAUAAUGGACUAACUUAAAAGGAGGGAAUUAGUUGUGGAUGCUAAUGAGCUGAACUUUUUUUUUUGUUGUAAAGAAGGAUAAGUAUUGGGGUAGGUUUGAGGUAACUUCACACAAUGCUUAUUCUAUAAAAAAGUUUUUCUAACAUUUAGCUAAUUUUCAUGUGCAGACAUAUCGUUUCAAAUGGGAGAUUUUGAGUUCACAUAUUUCCUUUAUGCUCUUGAGUCUAAGAAUGGAGGUAAGGCUCUCAUUUAGCUCAAAGAGCUUUCAAAGAGAGUAAAAAUAAUCAAUCUUCCUCCUUUUCAACCUUCUUUUAGCCUGGUUGUAAUCUAAAAGAGGCAAAAACAAAUGGCCUAAAGGAGAAAGCCUCAAAGAAACAAAGGAUUGUGGCUUGUCCUACUAGACCACGCACUAGGUUGUAGCCUACCUUGGAGUGGGUGGCAAUAAAUUUAAAGUUCAACUUCACAAAGAACCUAUUUAAAGAGCUUGAGAUGGUUAAGAAUAUCACAAGGUUGACCUUUACUAAAAAAAGUCAGUAUCAUUUUUUAGCUCGGUUUAUUCUUAUAUAUUUUUUUAAUUUUUUCCAAGUCUAAGCUUAGUUAUUGUUUUAUGUAGCUUCUGAACAACUUUUAUCCUCUAUCUCUCAAACUAAAGGGUAAGGCUUACUCAAUGCCUAUCGAGCUAUUAUGUGUUAUCACAAGAUCGAGUGGGAUAUAAAAGAUUAUGCUCAGGUUUUUCAGCAAGCCCUAAAGGCCAAUAAAAAGAUGAAGGCUUUUUUAGCAGAGAAAAAAAAAAGACAAGGAAGAGCUUGGCAAGAAGGUAAAAGAGUAAAAGACUUGGUUGUUAAGCUUAAGGGCAUGGACAGCUUAAGGACAUGUCCAUGCAAAAGGCCACAACUGAGUUUUUCCAAUAGUAAGCUAACCUCAAGCUUAAUGAGACUUUGGCCGAGGUGGUAAGGUUAAAGUUAGAGUUGAAAGUUGAAAGUUGAAAAAAAAAGGCCUUACAACAGGCGGUGGAUGAUUUCUUGGCCUCUGUGGAGUUUUAUGACAUGCAAACAGAGUUUGCUUGGAGUCAAUUUUUUAUGCCUUUGACUUGGUGAAAAAAAGCAACGGGAAGAGGC